AGUUUCUGUUUACCGACUAUUAGUUUAUUAAAAAUAUUCAAUUUUGCAAUUUUUAAACAUUAGAAUCGUUGCAAGAUAAAGACUGUAUAAUGAAUUACUGGUACUAAUUUAUACAGGUCCAAAUUACAUAUUUUAAAAGCUGCAUUAAAUUUACAAGCGCUUGGGAGCCCUAUAAACCAUCAGGCCAUCAGCUGGAAUCAAGGAUACAGAUACUCCUUUCAUUGACUGUAAUUUAUUUCCAAAGCACAUAAUGGCCAGGGAACCGGACGAAGAAUUGAGAAAAGCUUUCUCACAGUUACACGAGAAGAUGAUAGAUACUACUCAGAAACUGAAAUUAGCAGAUUUGCAGAUUGAAAAACUAAAACGAACUAAGCAACGCGCUGAGUUGACUGUGAAGGAGAUUUCUUCGUAUCCAAAGGAUACGAAGACCUAUGAAUCUGUCGGCCGGAUGUUUCUUUUAGAUGAUAUAGAUAACAUUAAAGCUGAACUUGAUAAACGAAUGAAAAACGCCGACGAAAAAGUGAAAACUUUAGAAAAUAAUAAAACUUACUUGCAACAAAACCUGAAAGAAAGUGAAAACAAUAUCAGGGAAAUGAUUCAGCAAAGACAGAACAAGGACACGUCCGGUUAAUUUCCUUUCCAUAUAGAAACUUGAAUUGUUUUAUUUCCUGCAAGAAUUAUCAUUUUUUCCUUAUAAAAUUUAUAUCUGCACACAUUUUAUGCUGCGUUCAAUUUGCAAUGUAUAGUUAGAAAUAGAAUGAUGUCAUGUUCGUAUUACCAUCAGUUAUUUGUAUCUAAUACUUUUAUUAUAUUUUAAAAAUAUUUGUAUUUAUUUAAAUCCACCCACCAACCAAUAAAAAGAUUUAUAACGAA